CAGUGACUCUCCCUUGCCUGUGACUUCACGUGUGUGUUUUGUAAAGUUCCUUGAGUCUGAGUCGGUGGGAGUUUCCCAACACCUGACGAACACCGUCUUCGUGGACAGAGCCUUGAUCGUGGUCCCCUUUGCUGAAGUGGACAAGUCAUUUGCAGAGAGCCCCUUCCUUGCUGGCUGAAAGUGGUCCUCUGCUGCCAUCAGGAGAUUAGAAAAAAUAAUGGCACCAGGCUCGCGAGCCCCCUUCUCUCUCUUGUUCUGCAGUAAAAUAUUAACUCUUUAUUUUUUUCUCUCUGUUCAAGGCAUCUUUUCUAAAAUUAGCCACACAACUCUUUAGCAAAAUGAGGGGGGUGGGGGGAAAGGGUGCAGGGCAAUCUCAAUUCCUCACAUGUUCAAAGGAUUUUAAUAUUUUUUUUUUUAAUAAAAUGUUGAUUUAUUAGGCAUGCACCAAACUAGGGAUGCCCCGAGCACAUCUGCUGGAUCGGUAUCGAGGCCGAUCAAAACAUUCUUUUAUUAAUUGGUGAUCAACUUCUGGUUUGAACCAGUUCUGAUCCUCUCUUUAUAUUUUAACCUUUUGCACUCUGUGUACGGCAGUUGCCAAAAUUUCGCAUUGCUUGAACCAGUAAACAUCAACAAUGAGGUCUGGUUCAUUUAGUUCACUCACUCUGCCUCUAUCUGCAACAUUUUGCAGGUGUUACACAUCUCUAAGAGAUCUACUGUUGAAAACAGCUUUUAAACUUUGGUUAACUGUAUAAUGUGUAAUACGUAGCAUAUUAUACAUAUUAUGUAGUUGAUUUGCUGCCACAACAGAUCCAUAUUGAGUCUACAUUGAUAUGCACAACACUGUAGGAAACCUUUAAUGACCCUGUACAUUACACACUAGUGUUUUCAGUUACUGACCGAUUACACCUAUUUUUAGGUUCAAGUUGGGUGGUGCUAUGGUGGGAGUUUGUUUAGGUCACCAAACACCAGGUGUAAGUUGCCCUGCCCUAACAGGUGCAACCAAACUUAGCAAUAGGGUGAGGGAGAUGUCAAUCAAGUCUUACAGGUCCACAGAGUCCUGAGGUCUAAUCAGCCAAAUAACUGCACUAAAAAGGAAAAUGUAAAUACUGGAUCGGGACUUGGUUUUGGCUAAAUCCUAAUAUUAAAUGCCUCAGGGAGGGGAGGGGGGGGUGUUCGGGACAUCCCUACACCAAGCACAAAGCAUGCAGGAUAGAUUAACCAAUCAGUUGUGCAUGCUAGAAUAGAUUUUAAAGGUGUGUGCCAUCAUCUAGACGGCUAUUUUCAGCAGAUGUGGUGGAAGUGAAUUAGCACAUAAUUUGGUUAUUAAUCAUGAUAAGCACACAGUGCUUUUGGCAUUUACUUGCUUCAUGUGCCAAAGCCUUGUAUUAUUUUACACUGUGCAUCUGUAUUCUUCUAAAUUUUCACUAACACACAAGAGAUAAAAGUAGAUAUAAGCCUCUGCUUGAUGUUGCAGUAAAAAUGCUUUUUUAUUGACCCUCUCCACACAUGACUCUGAAAGAGUUGAGUGACUCUCACGUUUAACAGUGGUGUUUCUUUUGUUGUUGUGUUUUACAGUUCUUUUUCCUGGUUCAGCCAGCCCUAUAUACCAGGCCCUGCUGAAAAUGCCACCAACAGUUUUGUCUUCUGCAGCCUUAUCCUGUUUCUCAAGUGUCCUUUCUGUUUGUGUGUGUGUGUGUGUGUGUGCGCGCGUGUGUGUGUAUGUCUCUCUCUCUCCCCUUUUUAAAAUGUCAUGUCAGAUUAAAAAAAAAAAGAAGCCUGUUUUCAGAUUGAACAACCAUGGAUGAUCAUCCCCAUAAGAUUUUCCCUUUUGAUUUUACUGUUUGGUUUUUCUUCAGCUUUGGGCACAUUUUCUCAUGAUUUUAUCACAGCUUUUGCUGGCAGUAGCCCUUAACUGUUUAGUGCAGUUUGUUUGACAUUGUUUAGUGUUUGUAGUGACAUACUGUCGGCUAAAUCCUAGCAGUACUGUAGCCUGUUAGCAGUACUUUAACUGGUUGCCAAGUUUUGUUGUGGUGGAAUUGUACAAAGUAACCACCAACAAAAGCCCAGAAAAGGUAAUAUGACUGAGCCUUUUCUGUUGUUGUAAUGGUAAGUGAUGUUGAAAUGUACCCUUGUCUACACCCAAAUCAUGAACUUUGUUUUCUGUAUCUCAAUGUUUUUGUGUGCUUUAUAGCGAAGCAGCCGGCGCGAGUCGCUUGUUCAUAAAACAUCUAAUGAAAGUUGAGAGCACAUCCCACGGGACAACUGGCUGUGCUUGCUUACGUUUGGUUCAUGACUUAAAAAACAAGUACAGGAGUCAUUCCUGAUGAAUCUAAAGCUAUGUCGCUGCUGGCUCCAGCCAAUGCCGUGGCAGGAAUGAUGCCUGGGGGAGGCCUUCUUCCAACACCCAAUCCUUUGGCAACAAUGGGAGGGACGCCAUUCGGAGGUCUUGGAGCUCCCAACAUGGAGCAAAUGGCUGCAAUGGGAAUACAGGGACCUAACAUGAACCCCCAGGCUCUUUCUGCAGACUUCCUGAAGCUCAUGCAAUCCAUGGACCCCAAAUUGAAUCCAUUAGCAGCCGGACUGAACUUGAAUCCAGGGCUGAAGUCUGAUGCGUCCAAUAAGGAGAUUGAAGAGGCUAUGAAGAGAGUCCGAGAGGCCCAGUCUCUCAUUUCUGCAGCCAUUGAACCAGGAAAUAAGAAAGAUGACAAGCGCAAACAUUCCCGCUCCCGUUCGCGGUCACGGCGCAGGCGGUCCAGAUCUCGUUCAAGACACAGACGUUCAAAGAGCAGGUCUCGACGGAGAUCCCAUUCCAGGAGUAGGAGGAGGUCCAAGAGCCCACGGAGGAGAAGGUCCCACUCCCGGGAUAGAAGCCGCCGCAGUAGAUCUAGGGACAGGAGAAAGGAGGAAAAGUCUAAGAAAAGAUCAAAGACGCCCCCCAAGAGCUACAGCAGCGCCAGGAGGUCACGAAGCAUUAGUCGAAGGCACAGGCGAAGCCGCAGUGCAUCUCGGUCCCCAAGGAGGAGGUUGUCCAGGUCACCCUCGCUCAGACGUCACAAGAAGGAGAAGAAGAAGGACAAGGAACGCGAGAAGGACCGGGAUCGAGAGAGGAGGGAGGACAGGAGCAGGGAUGAAAGAGAACGCUCCAGCAGCAAGAAGAAAAAGAGCAAAGACAAGGAACGGGAUCGGGACCGCAAGUCCGAUAGUGAGAAAGGAGACGUUAAGGUGACGCGGGAUUAUGAUGAAGAGGAACAAGGUUAUGACAGUGAAAAGGGGGAGGAGGAGGAUGACGACGAGAGGAAGAGUGACUCUGACUCUGCUUCAUCCCCCAAAGGCCAGGAGGAGAUGGAGAGAGCUGAGGGCCAAAUCCCCAAAAAGUCCAAACUGAAUGGAGACGAUCACCAUCAGGAAGACAUGGAGAUGAGCGACUAAGAAUAUCCUGAACAUGGCUGUUGUUUUUUUGUUUUUUUUUCACUGUCCUUUUAUAUUUUUAAUAUAGGCCACAACAUGUCUGUGCCUGAACACUCAAAGUUUAAAAAAAGAAAUGAGGAGAGGAAAAAAAAAAGAAAUUUUGUUGUCUUAACUGUAGAAUUAUUGGGGAGGUGGUGUAGAAGGAAAGCAGUAAAAAUAAUUUUUGUUGAGACAAGAAAACUAGACUAAAAUAUGAAUAACAUGAGACAUGGUUUUAAAUUGUCAUUGUUGUACUUUUUUAAGAUCCUGUUUUGAUUUUUCUUUUUGUUGCCUUUGUGUUCAAAGUUUUGUCUUCCUGACAGUAGAAUACACCCCAUUUUCUACUAAAAUAUGUUACUAGUCGGGAAUGAACUUUCCUAGUUCAGACUGUUAGUCACUCACCACCAGGCACCAACUUCAUGUCAAGUUUAUGGUCACUGAACCAUUUUGCUUUAACUGUAAUGCACCAGACGUGUUUCAGCUGACCUUCCUUAUUUACACCCCUUUGUAAGUGUACACUGUAGAUUGAAAUGUGUUGUUGCAAUGAAAUACUUUGUCUGCAAUAGGAUUUCCAGAGGAAACUAAUAAAAUUGGGUUAAACUGU